CUUACGACAUCAGCGAUUCGGACUUCUUGCUUUUUCAAGCCCAUAACUGAAUCCGCGAACGAGCACAGAGACUUGAUUAAAAAUAAAAUUUUACUGGCGAAUGCCCACUCAUUUUUGCCGUAAUCUUUUGAUUAAUAAAAGAUCAAAGGUGAUUGGCCUUCGUGAUUGGGAUAAUAAUUAGCAUUGUCAAAAGCCGUAUGCAUGUUCACUCUUCUUUAAUAUACGGACACCGCAGCUGAGAGUUAAUGACAUUCAGAGCUGUUUCUUCAUUGCACGACGAAUAUGUUUCCCUAUCUAACCAGCUGCUUUGUCAAGGAAGGUAUCUUCCGCUAGUGUUUGUCAAUCGCACUUGGAUCACUUUAGUCUUUACUUCGCGGCUGUUUGUGAUUAUUUGAGAUAUGUAUGGUUUUGUGAAUCAUGCAUUGGAGUUGCUGGUCCUGAGAAGAUAUGGCCAGGAAAAGUGGGAGGAAAUCAAAAAAAAAGCCGGGCUUAAAUUGGAAGGAAGAUUUCUUGUACGAAUUGUCUACGAUGAUUUCAAAACGUACGACCUGGUUGCAGCGGCGACGGAAGUUUUAGGUGUGCCGGCUACGAAAAUUCUAGAAAUGUUCGGUGAGACUUUCUUCGACUUCUGUGAAGAAUCAGGCUAUGACAGAAUCUUGCAUGUUCUUGGGGGAAAGCUCAGCGAGUUCCUAUGCAACCUUGAUGCAUUGCAUGAUCAUCUUGGCAGUAUCUACCCCGGUAUGAGGGCGCCAUCUUUCAGAGUGACAAACCAAAAUGGCGCGAUAAUCCUGCACUACUACUCAGUGAGAGAUGGUCUGGAACAUAUUGUACUGGGUAUUGUCAAGACUGUCGCGAGGAAACUUCUAAAUACUGAAGUGUCCGUGGAAAUACUACAGACGAAAGACGAAGAAAAUGACCAUGUUCAACUCGCAAUCAGAGAAAUCAGAAGUGGAGAUACCUCGGAAAUGAACCUGGACGAAGCUGACCUUACAAUGGGCGGUCAACUUAACUUAGAGCCGAAGAUUUCACCAAUGUCGUUUUGUAAAGCUUUUCCAUUUCAUGUCAUCUUUGAUCGCAACCUGAUGGUCAUUCAAGCUGGGGAUUCCGUAUGCAGAGUUUUACCGCAGCUGAGUGUGGAGGAUGUCAAUUUUGGCGAUCUGUUUCAAUGUGUUCGACCUCAGAUCGAGUUUACAGUGGACUCCGUCUUGGCACAUAUCAAUACGGUUUUUGUGAUGAAGACCAGGCAAGGCGUACUUGUGGUGGAUGAAGAAAAUGAAGUACCAGGAUCACCGCAACGCAAAGGAAGCAAUGGAGAAGAAUAUGUUAACCUUCGACUUAAAGGUCAGAUGCUUUACAUAGAAGAAUCAGACUUGGUGUUGUACUUAUGCUCUCCAAGUGUACUUGACUUGGAUGAUCUGCAGGCGAAGGGGUUGUUCGUGAGUGACAUUCCAAUACACGAUUCAACCAGGCAGUUGAUACUCUUGUCUGAGCAGUUUGCUGCUGAGUACAAACUUACCCAACGUCUGGAAGUGCUGACAGACUACCUCAAACAGACUCACAAAGAGUUGGAGGCCGAAAAACAACUUACUGAUCAAUUGCUCUACUCUGUUCUUCCGUCGUCUGUCGCAAAUGAACUGAGACAUAAGCGGCCGGUACCUGCAGAGAAGUACGAAAUGGUUACCAUUCUCUUCAGUGCAAUCGUUGGAUUUGCUGAUUUCUGCAAGAGCUCUUCACCUCUCGAAAUUGUUCAGUUAUUGAACGAUGUGUAUACUAGUUUCGAUGUUUUACUUGAUCCACGCAUCAACGAUGUUUACAAGGUCGAGACUGUAGGAGAUAUGUACAUGGCAGUCAGUGGUUUGCCGGAAAGAUGCAAUGACCAUGCCCGAAAAAUAUGUAACAUGGCGUUAGAUAUGAUGGAAAUAGUGCAAGAGAUCAAUAGUCAGGAAAGAAAAAUACAGAUUACAAUUGGUAUUCAUUCCGGUGAGGUCGUUGCUGGUGUUGUUGGUCAGGUGAUGCCACGUUUUUGUUUGUUUGGCAACACAGUGAACCUGACCAGCCGAACUGAAACUACUGGUACAAGCGGCAAGAUCAAUAUUAGUGAAUACACGUACAGAUGUCUCCAAGAACCAGGUAGCAUGGAUCCUAGUUUUGACUUCGACUUACGUGGACCUGUCAAAAUGAAAGGCCGAGAUGAACCAAUGACGGUGUAUUAUUUAACCCGCAACUGUUCCCGCCCACGCGUUCGUUCGGUUUUGCGAAAUUUCAAUAUCAGGGGUCCGUUCUCCGCAUCACCGGCAGUCAGUCAACGUGAUGUCAAGAACUCGCCAGGGUGUCCUAUGUCUAUGAUGUUUGAUGUUAAAAACCACGUUGCAUAGAUUUUAGAAACGCUCUGUACGCGUCUUGGAAAAUACUGUGUAUUUCAAACAUAUCUGUUCUAACGUGUUGCCGCGUUUUAUCAUUUUACUAUUGCAAAAUUGUGAUUCAUAUAUGCAUGCUUGUAAAUAAUUAAAAAAGAAUACAUCACUCUGAUUCACUUUUUAACCACAAUCAGAUAAAAACAGCGACCAGAAUGAGAUGCGCGUGGUAAGGUAAAAUCGUGCAGCAAUUAUGUCGUUCGUUUAAAAUAUACCUAUCAUAUAGCAUUAUUCCACUACUAAAGACCCGAAUGCAUUGCCUGAAUAAAGGCUAUUUUGAUGUAGUAAUGAUUUUGUGAAACGUCAGUGUUAUGGUCAACCAGUUUUGUGCCCUCGAACUCGUGUCCUUGAUGAAAUAGAAACGGUCACCUCGUGUCUUUG